AUGCCCACCGUCAUUAACAUUGUGUCGAAAGGUGACGAUCAAAUCAAACGUCAAAAUUACCUUGGUGAUGGUGUGAUGGCAUUCGUAGGAGAGCCUGGUGACCCAGCUGCAGGUGUAGCCAUGUCUGCAAUUAUACAAGCACUUUAUGAAACUAACAUGGUAGCAAUUGUCAAGAAACUUAACUCUGCACGUGGUGUUCCAAGGAUUGGUCUUUUAACUCCACAUAUCAAAGCAAAGUAUGAGUGUUUAUUUUAUAAUGAACUACCAUAUAAUGAGGAUGUCAGACAGUAUACUUUCUCAUCACUGACAGCAAGUAAAAGAAAUCAACCCAGUGAGGAACAAUUACAGGCUGUUGACAAUCUUAUUACAUCGAUGGAUUUAACCCAAGUUGAAGAUGAAGAUGAAAAGACUGAAGUUUUGAAACCCAAGUUGACCUUUAACCCAUACCUACAGAGGGUAUAUCAGUGUUUACAGCAUCGAGUGCUGAACCCAAAUGACCCAGUGCCUGACAUUGACCCUGUUAUAGGUCAAUAUCUACAGCCAUGUCAAGAGGUCCUGACAAAAUGUAAACCCAAUUUGGACAAAAUGACAAAGGUUUUCAAGUUAGAUCGAAUUACAAAGAAGAAAGUAGAUGCCACUGGUGAGAACCUUUGGAAGCAGAGUGACGUCAAUGAAUCUGGUCCAGCUGCAAAGAAACCCAAGAUUGAUGAAGAUGGUGAUUUUACUAUGGAGGGAAUGGCAAAGGGCAAAAUUACAGAGGUAUGUUGUUGCUUUUGUUGCAAGUAG